AUGGCUGCUCUCAGCCGGUGGGUCAAUGAGGGAGGAGGCUUCCUGCUGAGCCAAGGUUCAGCAGCGCAGCCCUUCAGCCCCUUCUGGUUCACGGUGGAGCCCCAGGACACUCUGACCAUCCGGGGAAACUCGGCACUGCUCAACUGCUCGGCCCACAGCGACGCAGCCACGCCGGCACGCAUAGAGUGGAAGAAAGACGGAACCUUCAUGAGCCUGAUUUCAGACGAGAGAAGAAACAUACUUCCCGAUGGCUCGCUGCUCUUCACCCACGUCGCCCAUAAUAAGCACAAUAAGCCUGACGAGGGCACCUAUCAGUGUGUUGCCACCAUCGACAACCUCGGGUCCAUUUCCAGCCAGACGGCUCGUCUCUCAGUAGCAGGGAUGCCGCGGUUCGCCAGCCAGCCAACUCCGACCACUGUGCAUCUAGGGAACAACCAGGUGAUGGCGUGUGAGGUCAACUCAGAACUGAUACCCUUCACCAGGUGGGAGAAGGACCGCCUGCCCCUGGAGAUGAGCUCAAGGCUGGUCCAGCUGCCCAGCGGAGCCCUGGUGAUCAGCAACGCCUCGGAGGCAGACGCCGGCCUGUACCGCUGCAUGGUGGAAAAUGUGGGGUCGUCGAAGUCCAGCGACGAGGCCCAGCUCCAAGUAGUGCCAGAAACGGGAGAAGAGAGGAAACUGGAAUUCCUGGUGCAGCCUGCAGCGAUCUCUAAGGUUGUGGGGGCCAGCGUGCUGCUGCCCUGCGUUGUCAUGGGUUACCCUGUGCCACACAUUCGCUGGAUGUUUGGAGACAAAUUGCUGGAAGAAAG